CGCACUUUCAGUUUUACCUUGGCCGCGGACAGUUUUAGCAGUUCUCCGAUUUUGCGGUGCAGUGUCGUUCGAUUCUCCGAAGACCAAGUCAAAAGUGAAAAUUUUCUUCCAAGCGUUCCAAAGUCGGAAGUGGCAUGGUUAUUGUGUAAUCCACUGAGUGAGUGCGUUUUCAUGAAAGUGGUCGCCAUUCGUGAAGUUAAAAAUUAGUCCUGUUUGUAAUAAUCUCAGGCAAUAACAUCCUGGGAAAUAACUUGAUAAACAGAGUAAGCGGCGAUAAAAAUAGAGCUGUUUAUAAAGUGCCGUCAUCGCAAUAAAUUGAAGUGAGAAGUCAGUGCGUCGGGAAUAGACGAACAACUAAAGAGUCAAAUAUAAAAAAACAGCAAAAAGUCGCGCGUCUGAGCAUAAGCCAGCCAGUGGAAAUUUGUGAAAAGAAGCGAAGGCAACCGACGACGAUAAUAAGUGGAAACCUCUAGUGUAGUGUGCCGAGUCUAGUGAAGAGCAGCGAGGCUUAUUUGCCAACACCCGUGUGCAUAUCUUUUCUCGUUUAAGGGAAAAAGAAAAGCUCUUGGUUUCCCACCGCAGUUCGAGUAGACAUCCCCCGCGCGUUCGCCGUCGUCGUCGGAGUGCGUAGAAAAGAAGAGUCCACCCCCGUUGUGCUCGUAGUGAAGAGAAAAGUGUCGCGACUUUGUUCCAGGCAAAUCACCAUCGCCACCACCUGCACUGAAUUCGUCCUCGUUGCUCGGUGCGUUCACAAAGCUCAUUUUCAAUGAUCAUGGCGUUCAACGGAAAUGGUGCCGGCGGUGGCCAGGACGGGCCCCACAACAAGCGCCUCUGCACCGGCCAGGAGAUGAUCGAGACCGUUCCGCUCAAUAGUCGGAACAACAACAACAACAUCAACGUUACAGACGAGCCCCGGCGGAAGCGCGAGGUAGCAACCCGGCCCAACCACAUCCUGCUGUUCACCAUCAUCAAUCCAGUCUAUCCGAUUACAGUGGACGUUCUUCACACCAUCUGUUCACCAAACGGACAAGUGCAGCGUAUCGUGAUAUUCAAGAAAAACGGAGUCCAAGCUAUGGUUGAGUUCGACAGCAUUGAAUCCGCAACCCGAGCCCGCGAAGCCCUGAAUGGCUGUGAUAUCUAUUCCGGUUGCUGCACACUGAAGAUCGACUAUGCCAAGCCAGAAAAACUCAAUGUUUACAAAAACGACACGGACUCCAGUUGGGACUACACAUUGGAAGCAGCUGUCACCAAGGAUGCCUGCAAUGGCCGGGCCCCGUUGCUGCACGAUCCAAACAUCUUCGGUGGAAGGCCGACCCCAUACAAUGAUCGCCAAUCAUUAGUCAACCAUGGUCCUAAGCCAGCCCUACUGGGAGCCGGUGGAGGAAAUGGGUUUGCGCCGAACUUUUCGCCGCCCGAGUUCCAUCCGUCGGAAAAUUGGAAACCCACACCGGCCGGAACACACGUCGGACUGAUGAAGGACCCACCGCUGACCCGCAACGGACCGGCCAACUUCAUCCAGCCAGCACAGCAACAGGGCGCAGUGAUGAUGGUUUACGGACUCGAUAACAGCACAGCCAACACCGAUAAGCUGUUCAAUCUGUUCUGUUUGUACGGAAACGUUGUCAGGAUAAAGUUCCUGAAGACCAAAGAGGGAACCGCCAUGGUUCAGAUGGGAGACGCUAUCGCGGUGGAACGAAGCAUCCAGCACUUGAACAACAUUCCAAUCGGAAAUGAUGGCAGCAAAAUUCAGAUUGCAUUUUCCAAACAGAACUACUUGUCGGAGUCCACCAACCCCUACACCCUGCCGGACAAUUCGAUCAGCUUCAAGGACUACAGCGCCUCCAAGAACAAUCGCUUCCUGUCCUUGACGCAGGCCAGCAAAAAUCGCAUCCAGCCCCCGAGCAAGAUUCUACACUUCUUCAACACCCCGCCCGGUAUGUCCGAGGAUCAGCUGCUGAAUGCUUUCACCUGCAAGGACUGCCUCCCAUCGCAAGUGCGAAUGUUCCCGCUGAAAUCGGAACGGUCCUCAUCCGGAUUGGUCGAGUUCCCCAGCGUAGCCCUCGCCGUUAAUGCCAUCAUGAAGUGCAACCACAGCGCGAUCGACCACAAAGGCACAAAAUUCCCGUUCAUCAUGAAGCUGUGCUUCUCCUCGUCCAAGACGAUGAACGGAGCGUGGAACAACGAAAACAUCGAAAACAUGAACACCAUGGGAAUGGCGCAAGCUCAAGGACAUCCGAUGUCGGCAGCGACCGCGACAGUCUCCGCAGCGUCCCCCAACGUAGUGAUCCAGGUGACGGGUCACAAACCCGGCGACGAUGAGCCAAUGUAAGGUGGCGUGCGGCAGGUUUUACUACGGUUUGACGCAUCCCGGUCGUCAGCUCUCAUCCCACCAUCUAAUAUUCACCUACAUUAGCACCCCCCAGCCAGCCAAGAAAUUCUUCUUCCCAUUGUCAGGUCGUUUCCAGGCUACAGGUCGAGCCCGGAGCGGAAGAACGAUUUGAAGGAAAAUCCACUAAGCGUGGUGAAAUGAAACAAUAUCAAAGUUAAAUUUAAGGCACAGUUCAACGUCCGACAACCUAAAAUAAUGUAAUUGCAGAAAGGAAAACGUUAAGGAGAAACCAUAAUUCCGACGUCGUCAAAAUGUACAGCAGAUACCUUUUGCCGUUGAUGAGCUCGUGGCAAAAGCACGGUCAUCGUUUUAGAACCAAAAAGAAAACAAUUUCACACCCUUCUCAGAGUUAUUGCUGAAUUGUUUGAUUCAAAUUAUUUGUUAGUUUCUUUGAUCACAUUCGAGGGCAAUAAUGGCAUCAUUUAGAGAACGAGGAGGAAGAAGAAGAGCCACAGUGGGGAACACUGGAUGAAAAAGACAUUAUUUAUUGCAUAGUUUUGUAAGACGCUCUUAGGAGGUUAGAAAUCAUUCUUCUUGUCUCAUUUUUGCUUUUGAGAAUUGGGAAUAUUUUUUCCCUUUCAUUGUAGUUAAUGAAACAUUUCAUUCUUUUCAUUUUCAAGUGAAUUAGCUUUGUAGACUAGUAAGAGCGAGAGGCAGCAGAUUAAAAAUUAACAUAUUAGUUCAACUGUUUUAGAGAACAUGAAAAUUUAUAUAAUCUGCGUAGAAAAAUUAGUUCCAAAUUGUACAUUGCAAUGUGUAUAAUGAAAAGAAGAAAAAGGAAAAAAAGAUUGUCAAAAAAAUGAAUUGGAUAAUUCAAUUUUAGUGGUUAAGUUAGCAAUAAUAAGCAAACAAAAACAAACAAUUGUAUAGAAUCGUUUUAAUUUCUUCUAAUUUUCAACCCAAACUAUAACAGAAACAACAACAACAACAGCAAUCAUCACAAUUGAUUAAACACGACAAACACUUUGUACACACAUACAUACACAAAACAUAUACAUUUGAUACACUACCACACGCGUAUAGUAAGAGCAAAUGUAUGCAAUUGCGCCGAAAUUGCAUUCUCUAUAUUCUACUACUACCACCACAUACCCACUCUAUGAAUACUACUACACUGAAACAAUUUGAAUUUCCCCUCCGAUUCGCGAGAUGUUGGAGUAGUAAAAUAAAUAAAAGACUCAAGUUAUUGUUUAUGAUGAGGGGGGACAAACACUGAUUUUGGUUCAUCUUACUCUUUCGUUUACUGACACUGUUUUGUCGGGUCGAAACAAAACGAAAUGACAAUUCAAACCACGUGAAUGGAAAAUUUCCAUGGCGAAACCACGAAGCUACUUCUUUCGUCGGAUAUGUUAGUUGUUAGGAAAGUUAGCUCAUUUUUGUACAUUUUUAUACAAAUUGAAAUUAUGUGAAAAUCUUUCGUUUUUAAGGUUAGACGAUAGAAAACACUGAGUGAGAGUAACGAGAGACGCUGCAGCGUAUGACAAAGAAAACAAAAAUAUGUUAAAUUUGUAUUUAAGGUUCUUCUCUAUGAUUUUUUUGUUGUUUUAUUUUUCAGUUUCUUCGUUUCAAGUCAAAUCUUCCACUUUUAUUAAAAUGUUGAUUUUGUUUAGUUCAUUUACUAGCGAUUAAGUUUCUACACCAUCACUCUACCAUUUUUCCUUCAGUUACAUUUAGGAAGAUUGCGGAGCGAGUUUCUAAAUCACAAUCAAUUUUUUUGAAACGAAAGCCAAAAAGAAGCCAAUACUGACUGCCAUCUGCGGGGCAGGGCGAUCAAGUGUGCGAGUGCAAAAGGAAAAAAAGAGACUAUUAUUUGUUGUUGGGAAGCGAAAAUAAAGAAAUCACACCGAGCAGUGAAA